AUGGGAUCUGUUUGUUCCCAUCCGCUGAUUCGGACCUUGCACAUGUGCCUAGGAUUGGUGCUCUUCUUAAGCACAUUGCUCAUGCAUUGCUGUGUCCAGUACGGUGGAUUCAGUAAAUUUCCUGGAGAAUUACCGGAUCUGUAUCAUUCUUACUACGGUUACACGGCUUUUAGCCUCUUGGAGGAACCGGAGUUGAGUCCUCUGUGUCCUGAGCUAGGUGUAAAAUUGUGUGAGCUCGAGCUAGCUGGACCCGAGUUAGAGAGCCUGCAACGAUUCUCUUCGCUUCCGCCUGUGGCUGCAGACGAGCUGUUUGGUUCGGAUGGGUCUGAUGUUAGCAGCUCCAAUAGCUCCAACAAAGCGGUGCUUACGGUUGAUAACCAGUUGAGCCCUGCGCACACGUUGCUUCAGAUUCAUUGCGUUGAUCAGAAAGGGCUUUUCUAUGAUAUCCUCAGGACUUCCAAAGACUGCAAUGUCCAUAUUGCGUACGGUAGAUUCUCGUCAAAGGUUAAAGGGUAUAGGAAUCUGGAACUGUUCGUUAGAGGUACGGACGGGAAGAAAAUAGCGGACGCAAAGCAUCAAGCUAACUUCUGUUCUCGUCUUAAGGAGGAGAUAGUGUGUCCUUUGCGAGUGAUAAUCGUGAACAGAGGACCAGACUCUGAGCUUUUAGUAGCGAACCCUGUGGAGUUAUCUGGGAAAGGAAGACCGAGAGUUUUCUACGAUGUCACACUCGCCUUGAAAUCGCUAGGAAUCUGCAUCUUCUCCGCUGAAAUUGGGAGGCAUUCGACUUUAGAUCGACAGUGGGAAGUGUAUAGGUUUCUUUUGGAUGAGAGUCGUGAGUUUCCGUUGGCUAGUCUCCGUGCGAGGAAUCAGAUAGUGGAUAGAGUUACAAAGACACUUAUGGGUAAAAUCGAAUCUUACGAGCUGUUUGUUGAGUCGAGCGACACGGAGUCACAGAUUGUUAAAUGUGCGAUGACGUGGAGAAUGGACGACCCGAGCUAG